UCUCUCUCUCUCCCUCUCAUUCUUCAGUAAGUUCCCUCACUGUUCUCCUCCUGGGUGCUGGCCCGAGGUAAUCUUGCCAGCUCCUUAAGUUUUAGAGGCGUGUGGAGGAGGUGCUGGAGUGUUAAGGAGUUGAGCAAAGGGCAAUACAUCAAGAACAAAGAUGGCGGAGGCACACUCUGCAGUUGCGUUCUCCUUCGCCAUCACUCACGAGGGCGUUCAUGUGAACUAUGACACGGAAGUGCUCCAUGUCAUCUGGCAUUCUGGGGUCCGUACGUGGCGCCGGAGUAUCCGCAGAUUUGUUAACAACAUUCGAUGUGGAGUGUUCCCUGCUUCCCUGUCAUCACUGGCAUUAACUGUUACUGGCUAUAAUGCCAUGUAUCUCAGCAGAGAUUUGUACGGGUCCAACUUUGAUGUCUCCUUGGGGUUGGUUGACCUCCUGAAGAAACAUGUUAAACUAGAAGAGCCAGCUAAAGGGAUAGUUUGCUGUACAGCAUCUGCUUUUGCAGUAUGGUGUGGUGUCUUUAUAUUCAUGAGGUACACGCUAAGGCUUCUCUUCAUGUACAAAGGUUGGAUGUAUGAAGAAAGAGGUCGUGGGAGAACAAUGAGUAAAUCUUCAAGGUUAUGGGUUUUAGCACUGAAAUCCUUAACUUGGUUUUCAAGGCCCAUGCUGUAUUCUUACCAAGGUGCUCUUCCCAGACUGCCUCUACCUGCCCUCAAGGACACAAUGGAACGGUAUCUGCGAAGUGUCCGUCCACUAAUGGAUGAUGAGAAUUAUUCUCGAAUGGAGAAGCUUGCACUUGAUUUUCAGACUGGAAUUGGAAAGAAGCUUCAAAGAUACCUUGUUUUGAAGUCAUGGUGGGCAAGUAACUAUGUAACAGAUUGGUGGGAGGAGUUUGUAUAUCUGCGAGGUCGUUCACCAAUCAUGGUGAACUCCAACUUCUAUGGUACAGAUGCCAUUCUUCUCCACCCUACGCAUGUUCAAGCAGCUCGUGCAGCAAAUGUGGCUCAUGCAGCUUUCAUAUUCCGGCGGUUGAUAGAUAAUCAACAACUUGAGCCAAUAAUGGCUCAGAAUUUGGUGCCACUGUGUUCAUACCAGUAUGACCGCACAUUUAACACCACUCGUAUCCCAGGCAUCCAGACGGAUAAAAUUGUCCAUUUCAGUGACUCGACACACAUUGUUGUGUACCAUGCAGGCCGAUUCUUCAAAAUGCCUUGCUACUACAAGGGCCAGCUUCUUACUCCUAAAGAACUUCAGAUUCAGUUUGAGCGUAUUCUGGCUGAUGAGUCUGUCCCAGAGAAGGGUGAAGCCAACUUGGGGGCAUUGACUGCUGGAGAGCGUAAACCAUGGGCUGAAGCACGUACAAAGUUUUUCAGCAAAGGAAUCAAUCAAAUAUCAUUGGCAGCGAUUGAAAAGGCUGCUUUUGUGUUGGUAUUGGAAGAGGACGAAUAUGACUAUUGUGAAAAUGAUCCUAGUCAGUUGGACAGGUUUGGUCGAGCCAUGCUUCACGGCAAGGGUUACGACCGCUGGUAUGACAAGUCCUUCAAUGUCAUCAUCAUGAAGAAUGGCAGGAUUGGCUUUAAUGCAGAACACAGCUGGGCAGAUGCCCCUGUCUUGGGCCACAUGUGGGAAUUCAUUAUGGGCGAGGAUAUCUUUGAAUAUGGAUACGAUGAAAAUGGAAACUGCACUGGGAAAGUGACCUGUGAUCCCCCUGCACCAGUACGCCUUAAGUGGGACCUAAACCAAGAGUGUCUCCUGGCCAUUGAUUCUUCAUUCAGGGUUGCUGAAGCUCUCCUGAACGACGUUGACCUACGUUUGUACAUGCAUACUUCCUAUGGUAAGGGCUUUAUGAAGUCAUGCCGGCUGUCUCCUGAUGCCUUCACACAGAUGGCACUACAGUUGGCAUAUUAUCGGGAUGCAGGCAAAUUUAACUUGACUUACGAAGCCAGUAUGACCCGUCUAUUCCGAGAUGGCCGAACAGAGACUGUGAGACCUUGCACCAUUGAGUCGGCAGCUUGGGUUAACGCCAUGGAGGACAAAGCUGCAACUAAUGAAGAGCGUGUUAAGCUACUGAAGGCAGCGUGUAUCCAACACCAAAAUGCAUAUAGAGAUGCCAUGUGUGGCAAAGGCAUUGAUCGUCAUCUAUUUUGUUUAUACGUCAUCUCAAAGUACUUGGAAGUAGACAACCCAUUCCUAAAUGAAGUAUUAUCAGAACCAUGGCGCCUCAGCACCUCCCAGACUCCACAUGGACAGACUUCUAAAAUGGAUUUGGUAAAAAACCCAAGAUGUAUUAGUGCUGGUGGUGGCUUUGGGCCUGUUGCCGAUGAUGGUUAUGGUGUGUCUUACAUAAUAGCUGGAGAAGACAUACUCUUCUUCCAUGUCUCCAGCAAGAAGAGUUCUCCUGUUACAGAUUCACAAAGAUUUGCACGUCAGAUUGAGAAAGCUCUCAUGGAUAUGAGGUAUCUCUUUGAAUCCUUGGCAAAGAAGUAAUGAAGGGCCAUAUUAAGGCAAAAUUAUUUGAAACUGAUGAAGCAUGUUCUUCUGAGACAGGUUGCAAAUCCAAAGCCUUGAAAAAAUUUGCUGUAAUAGGGAUAUAUUUCACCUGAUUACUAAAACAAAAUCUCGAUAAAUAUGGUAAAGAUUUAUAUCCCAAAUAGCAUGUUGCUAUUCUCCCAACAGGUGCAAUUUUGUAUCCAUCUACUGUACUGUAAAUUGAUAACCUCUGGAAAAGGUUAUUCUAUAGCAAGAGUUCUCACUUGCAGAUAAGUAAUUACAAUUAUAUUUGUAUUUUGUAACAUUACAUUUUUAGGAAACUAGCAUGAACCAAGUUAUUUUGUUUUAAAAGUCCAAAUAAAAUUUAAUGUGCUGCAAAUUAUUUAGCAAUUAUCUGUUAACAUGCAUCUCGAUGUGUUUUGUAAGCAAUCUAGUCCAAAUUGUAAGACUUGUGAAGUAUUACAUAAUUUUUAAACUUUUGAGGAAUAUUUUAAUUUUUCAUAACUGCCAAAAUCCAUACACUAUUAACUUGACGCUAAGCAUGAUUUAGUUUUUAGCUUUAAUGUAAAGGAUUUGCAUCUGUUGCUAAUUAAUUUUCUAAAUUGCUUUCAACUGUGUGAAAUCUCAUAUUGCCAGUCAUGCUGAGUAACACGUAACAAUGUGAACAGAAACGGAGAACCACAAUGUUUCACAAUCUGUGUGAAGCCUUGUAGUUCUAUAAGUCUAACACUGUUUUUAUAACUGAUCUUUGUAAGAUUAGUAGAGUGCAGUACUGUGUUCAUUAUCUCUGGAAAAAUCCUUACAUUGUUUAGAAAUUUUAUUUGGAAUUUUGUUAUGUUGAAAAAUCAGGAUGUGCAUGUGUGUGCAUGCACGUAAUUCCAUAAGUGAAAUACCUAAGUGUACCGAGACAAGUUCAGCUAGUGGUGUCCCAUCUUCCCAGUACUCUGUCAUAUAGCGCUUUGAAAUUGCUGAUGGUUUUUGCCUCCACCACCUUCCCACUUGUUUUAACCAUCUACCACUCUGCAAAAGUGACUUUUAUUUCAUUGACAGCUUUGUUUAGUUAGCUUAAAUCUAUGACCUCUUGUUCUUGAAGUUCCAGGUCUCAAGAAUUCUACUUCUUAAUCAAUUUUGUCGAUUCCCAUUACUAUUUUGUACGUAGUGAUCAUGUCGCCUUUUUUUUCUUCCGUCUUCUAGCUUUGGCAUAUUUAAUGCCUCUGUUUCAAGUGUAAUUGCAGGAUGAGCUAUGCUUAUGGUGUCCAGUCUUUCCUAUAAUCUUUGUCAAAUGACACUGAAACUAUUGAUUGAUUUAACAUCCACCACCACUUAAAUUGUUCUGUCUAAAUCUCUCUUCACACAGACACACACACAGAACUUUUUCAGUGUCAAAAUAGUUAACAGAUGGAAUGCUUUAGGCAAUGAUGUGGUGGAGGCUGACUCCAUACACAGUUUCAAAUGUAGAUAUGAUAGAGCCCAGU